UCGGUUUGAUGCAAGGAUGGAAUUUGUGUGUGUGUGUGUGUGUGUGUGUGUGUGUGUGUGUGUGUGUGUGUGUGUGUGUGUGUGUGUGUGUGUGUGUGUGUGUGUGUGAGAGAGUAUGUGUGUGUGUGUGUGUGUGUGUGUGUGUGUGUGUGUGUGUGUGUGUGUGUGUGUGUGUGUUUGUGUGUGUGUGUGUGUGUGUGUGUGUGUGUGUGUGUGUGUGUGUGUGUGUGUGUGUGUGUGUGUGUGUGUGUGUGUGUGUGUGUGUGUGUGUGUGUGUGUGUGUGUGUGGAAUGGUUUGUCCACAGUCACCAGAUAUGACACCAGGCCAGCAGGUCUGAACAGCUGGCCCACUCGUCUGUCCAGACACUGAUAAGGAUUCACUAGUUUAGUGCAGAACGUGUGAACAGCAGUAGAUGGGAAGGGCCAAACCAGCAGGGUUCUGCCUGCUCUAGUCUACACUGGAUAUAGGUCCGCAGGUUGAACGUGUGAAGGCUGUUUAUGUGCUCUCUGACAUGCUGUCAGUUUUUCAAUUAAAUUCCAUCCCAGAAUCUAAACAGGACCAGAAUAGGUUCUGAUCCAUUCUGUUGGAUAAGGGUUCAGUAAAAAGAGGAAACCAGUAAACAUUUUUCAAUGAGAUGAAUUAUUAAACAUUACUUAUAACUUAUAAGAUAUUUGGAUGUCCGUCCGUCUGUCUGUCCAAAUAAUUAAAUCGGACCUGUCUGUAAUCUUAAUCUUCAGGCUUGUUUCUCCAGGAGCUAAAUUAAUUCAAUCAAAGAGGAUGAGUAUGUGUCCUGCAGCCUGGGGCCUGCUCGUGCUUUGUGGACUGUCCCUGUGGCCCGGCACCCAAGGCCUGGCCAAGAACCCCCUCCUCUCGCGGACACGAAGGGCCCCCGACGACCACAGCGGGGACCCCAAGAAGUGCUCCUACACCUUCCUGGUCCCCGAGCAGAAGAUCACAGGCCCCAUCUGCGCGGCCCGCGGCUACGCCACCGACAAGGACCGCGUGACCCGCCUGGACGUGGCCUCGGUGCGGGACCUCCUGUCCAAGCAGCGGCGGGAGGUGGAGACCCUGAAGCUGGUGGUGGACGUGGACGGCAACCUGGUGAACGAGAUGAAGCUGCUGCGCAAGGAGAGCCGCAACAUGAACUCCCGCGUGACGCAGCUGUACAUGCAGCUGCUGCACGAGAUCAUCCGCAAGCGGGACAACUCCCUGGAGCUGGCUCAGCUGGAGACGCGCGUGCUCAACGCCACGGCCGAGUCGCUGCGGCUGUCCUCGCGCUACCGCGAGCUGGAGACGCGCUUCUCCGCGCUGUCGGCCGUGGUCAACAACCAGUCGGUGCUGAUCGCCGCGCUCGAGGAGCGCUGCGUGCAAGUGCACGGACGCAGGCGGGACCACCACGCCGAGGGGCCGCCGCUGGUGCAGGUGGUCCCUGAGAACCUGCCGGUCAGCGUGCCGCGCUUCACCAACGAGAUCCAGAGGGACAACGGCCGGGAGGUACCGCGGGAGAGGGGCUCUCGCUCGGGACCGUCGCCGACGGGAAGCACCACGGAGGCCCAGAAGCCGCCGGCAGGCAACUUCAGUGUGGAAGGUCCAUACAGAGACUGCCUCCACGCCCAGGAGGCCGGCCACACCAGCAGCGGGGUGUACCUGAUCCGGCCCGAGGAGGCGUCGCGGCCCCUGCAGGUGUGGUGUGAGCAGGGCAUGGACAACGGGGGCUGGACCGUCAUCCAGAGCCGCAGAGACGGCUCCGUCAACUUCUUCAGGAACUGGGACAGCUACAAGAGUGGCUUCGGGAACAUCGACGGGGAGUACUGGCUGGGGCUGGAGGGGAUCUACAAGCUGGGGCGGCAGGGAGACUACAAGCUGCUGGUGGAGCUGGAGGACUGGACGGGCAAGAAGGUGUACGCCCAGUACAGCAGCUUCCACCUGGAGCCCGAGGCCGAGGGCUACCGGCUGCGGCUGGGCACCUACCAGGGCAACGCCGGAGACUCGCUCGGCAGCCACAACGGCAAGCAGUUCACCACGCUGGACCGCGACAAGGACGGCUACGCCGGUAACUGCGCCCACUUCCAGAAGGGAGGCUGGUGGUACAACAGCUGCGGCCAGGCCAACCUGAACGGCGUGUGGUACACCGGCGGCGUCUACCGCAGCAAGUACCAGGACGGCAUCUUCUGGGCCGAGUACGGCGGGGGCUUCUACUCCAUGAAGGCGGUCCGCAUCAUGGUCCGGCCCAUAGACUGAGGGUGGAGGGCGCCUGCUGCCGCUGCUGGGGCAGCCGAGGCCACGGGGCGGGCUGGAGCACCUCAGACAUAAAUUAUAGAGUGUAUUUGUUGUGAGUAUAAAUGUUGUGUAGAAGUGUUGGAAAGAGAAGCCUGCUCUUUACUUCUGUGAAGGUCUCCCCAGCUCCCCAGAAACUAUACCCACCUCCCAAGGGAUUGGAAGAAUUUUGUUUUCCUCCUCAAGAUCCCUUCCUGCAGCAAUGGGGACCCCCCCGUAUGAAUAUGUACAUAGCUUGUUGUAGUACAUGGCUUAAGAGGAAGAGAAGACAAGAUCAGUGCCAAAAGUUUAUUGAAGCCCCAUGAAUUGUGUGCCUGGCAGAGACAACAGUGUUUAAAGUCUCUCACCUCUGCAGGCAGAGGAUUUGCAUUUAAUCGAUUGACAUCCAAGGGAGGACUGAAAAACGACGGCCAAGAAUACAUGCACACAUACAUUCAAAAUCAAACUCAAGAUCUAGUCACAAUUCAGGUUACACAGUUCAAAUAAUUAUUUUUUUUAGAGUAAUCAGAUUCUAUAUAGUCCCCACUGACUACUACAUAUGACCAAACUAUAUGCGUAAAUAGUACAAAACUUAAUGACUUGUUCAGAUAUGGUUUCUGUUCUGUAGUUAUCACUAGAAAAGAGUAGCCUGAUGUAUGGCGUUCUCCUAAACUGGCAAUGGCCUUAAUAACUCUAUAUGUUACAGACAUUUUAUAAUUUAUCUUUAAAUAUCGAUACCAAGGAAACAGCAAAAUAAUCUUUCAAAAAUAGUUUCUCCCCUCCUUUCCAACUGUAUUUAUGAGUGUCAUUCUGAGAGGAAUAUAAAUGCUUGUUGUAUUAAUGCCCUUCCAGUUAUGCUAAAGAUUAAAUUUCUUCCAUCA